GCGUGUAAAAUUGGUCUCUCUUAGGAGACAGCUCUGGAAGCGCCGUGGGUUCAUGUGCUGCUCCUCCUGCUGUAACAAGAGUGGGGCAGCUCCUAUAGACUUUAUAUUUAAUAAUUAUAUAUCUUAUAUACAUAUAUCUUAUGUCACACUCCCUCAGCUCCACCACUGGGGCUUGGAUGGUCUACAAACAUCUCCCUACUGGCUGCUCUCAAGGAUUUCCCCCCCAGGAACCUGGAUCUGGAAGGAGGGGGUAAUGAGCCCGUCCUGGGGAAGAAGAAGGAGAAGAUGCUUUGCUUGGCUGAAGUGAAACAUUAAAAUCUGCAGAGAAACCGAGAGAGAGCAAAAAAAGAGGAGGCAGAACCUUUCCUGCAGGAACGUCCCUGGGUCAGAGGCAAUUUGAAUGUGUAGCUGACUGGAGCCUGUAGGAAACACAAGGGGUUAAAGGCAAGAAGAAGCUUUGGAAUAACAGCAUGGAAGAGAAUGAGCAGAAUAACAGGGAAGUGGAGCCACAGCAGGAGUCAGGAGAAGAGUCCAACAGGGGGAUCCUUCAUCAGGCUCCUCCUGGGAACCACCAGCCCCAUCACAGGAUAACGAACUUCUUCAUUGACAACAUUCUACGGCCGGAGUUCGGGAGGAGGAAAGAAGGAAUAAGCCAUCAGGAUGAGCUCUAUACUGAGAGAGACACUGGGGCUUUGUCUGGGGCAGAAAGCGGCCACCACCGAGUCAAUGUCCCCGAGGGCGCAGGAGGCUCUUCCAAAGUCAUCACUGUUACUGGAGAGAAGAAAAGUGACCUGGCCAUGGAAGAAACCCUGAAAUCCAGAGGACUUAAUGGAGACCAUUCCCUCAGCUCAGACUCUGAUAGUUCCCAAACCAGCUCCAAAGCCACUCAACAGCCCAUGUUGUGGCCAGCCUGGGUCUACUGCACCAGAUAUUCAGACAGACCUUCAUCAGGUCCGAGAUCCCGCAAACCAAAGAAGAAGAGUGUCAGUAAAGAGGACAAGAGGCCCAGAACUGCCUUCACUGCUGAUCAGCUCCAGAGGCUCAAGGCCGAGUUCCAAACAAACAGGUAUUUGACUGAGCAGAGGAGGCAAAGUUUGGCUCAGGAACUCAGUCUUAACGAAUCUCAAAUCAAGAUCUGGUUUCAGAAUAAAAGAGCAAAGAUUAAAAAAGCAACAGGGAACAAAAAUUCAUUGGCCCUGCAUUUAAUGGCUCAAGGACUUUACAACCACUCGACCACUUCAAAGGACGGCAAAUCAGACAGCGAAUAGUAACGUUUCGGUAACGCGAAGGCCUCGCAAUGCAAUAAUUUAAGGAAGAAUAAAGGGCCAGUGUAUAAAGAAUAAACCAGCAUUUGGCUUUGGAGUGUGUGUGUUGGGAUAAAUCCGCAAUAUUCUAUGUAAAUAUAAUUUACAGGCAAAAACAAACAAAAGAAAAAAAAAA